CUUAACUGCGCCUGACCUUGCCCCCUCGCUCCCCAGGGGCCGCUGCUUCCCACGUGCCGGAAGCUGCGCAGUCGCACAGGCCGGCCUAGGCCGGGGACGCGACUGGACGUUGCAGGGGGCGGGGCUACCGGGGCCUCGCUCUGUAGCGGCCGACCCAAUGGGCGCCUACGGCCACGCGGAGUGCGGGGCGGGCCGCGCCCGCUGAAGGGGAAAAGCCGAGACCCGCUGUGCUGGCGUGAGCAGGGUCUGCUUAUAUCAGUGUAGGAAGAGCUAGGUAUAGCUCUAGUAUCAUGUUUGGCAAGUGGUGUGUGCCGGUGCUGAGCAGGAAAGAAAAGAGAACCAGGGAUUAAAAAUGAGGCCUCAUGAGUCUGAAAAUACAUCAUGUAGGUGCCCUCUAGUUAUGUCUUUGCGAUAUUGAGGUGAUGGUGAGACUAGGACAACAUUAAGUGUAACUAUUUCCAAGUAUUCUUUUCCACUGUGCAUCAUGUCAGCCGCAGUCAAUCUUUAUCCAGUACACCAACCUAUCACAUGGAAUUGCCAAUAUCUUAUGAGGAGGCCACUCCAAUAUCAUUGCUGAUGUUACACUGUUUUGUUUUGUUUUGCACACUUUGAAGAAAAAAAAAAUUGCAGAGCCCACUCUGUUUGCUCUACCUGCCCCAUCGUAAAAGGAUAUUUGUAGUUAAAAUAUAUUGUACCCACUCUUAAGUGUGUGUGCCCAUGUUGUUUGUUGCACAUUUUAGUGUAUCAUUGCUGGAGAUGGGUUGUUGUGAUUUGCUUGAGUGAUGUACAUUACAAAACAGCAUUUCAGUGCUUUUUUUUUUAAAGGGGUGAUGGUACUGGAUGAGGAGGUACACAGGAAGCUUUUGAACCUGAAGUUGCUUUUUCAGGAAAGUGGAACACUGAUUAGAAUAGGACUUCCACUGAGGUAGACUUCAACAUUUAUUAAGCUAAGGGUAAAUAUUGAUGAAAACCAAACCAAAAUAGGUGGUAAUAUAUAUUUUUGAACUUUAAUCAGAAAUAUCUAGAUGUCUGUCAGUCUGGUCAAGAAUUUCAUAAGAAUUACAAGGUUUGGAGGGUUUUUUUAAGAUGACGUUCUAGAAAGAUGAUAAUGCUAUCAUUCGGGAGUGUGACUAAAUAAUUAUAGAUCUCUGAGCCAGUCAGGAAGCUUUUCUUGGUGUACAUGCUCUGCUUAACAUUUUUCCAGGCUUUGAUAUUGAUCUUGGGAGGUAAACAGUUGAAAAUUACUGACAUGACUUUUUUCCCCCCCUGUAUGUAGCAAUGAUAAAUCCGUGAAAGCAUGUACUUUGGUAAUAUUAUGACAUUGGAUGGAGAGUUUGAGAGCUUGGCUUGCUUGAUAGUCCAGCAGAGCUGCUCUAUUGUUGAUUCAUUAAGAUAUUACCUUGAGUGAGUCCAGCAAUGUGUUAUUUCUUAAACUUUUCUGAUCAUUGUUUAUUUUUAAUCCCAACGUUCUUCACAACAUGCAUAUGCUUUAAUUUCAUAUAACUGAUGGUGGUGGUGUUCAGAACUGCUAUUGUGGAGUUGAAAUAGAGAAUAAAUGCUUUUAUGGUCUGUAGUUGUACUUUUUUUAAGUAGUGGUCCUGACAGCUUUUGCCUCACAAGCUAAAUGAUUUGGGGCUGGAUUGGUAUUUGGGUGAAACUCCAAAGAACCCUUAGGUGCUGCAGGAAGUGGAGUUGGUGAUUUAGUAGGUAGCACCUUUUUCCUCUGAGUCAGAAAUAAAUGAGUGCCCCAGCAUGGUAGCUGUGGGGGGCACUGUGCUGCUGGAAUGUCAUGUUUCAGAUGUGACAUUAAAAAAGAAAAAUAGCCCUGGAAUAUGAGGGUGUUAACCUCAUUGACCUGGACAAAAUCCAGUUGUAUUUCACCUACCUGAAGUUUUAAGGAAAGUUUAAAGGGAUAUGAUAUUUUGUAUACAUUUGGUCUAAUCCUGCACCUACUGAAUGCAGGGAAUUUUAGUUAACUUUUAUAGGUGCAGUACUGGGACCUUGUCUAAAUUGCUGUGUUCUGCUACCUUUCAUCAUAGAUACGGAUGAAUUUCACUGCUGGAUGAAGUGAUUUUUUGCAUAAAUGUGUCAGCGUAAGGGCUAGAUCAGGGGUUGGCAACCUAUGGCACGCGUGCCAAACACGGCACACAAGCAGAUUUUGAGUGGCAUGCUGCUGCCUGCCGCGGUCCUGGCCCCCAGUCCCACUCAGCCCGCCCACCGCUUCUCCCCUGCGGGGGCAGGAGGCAGAAGCUUGGUCCUGUGGCAGCCAAGCUUCCCCCCUCCCUCGCUUCUUCCCCCAGUGUGGUGCUUUCCUGCCCCUCCUUCUAUCGUUAUUAACGUAGCUGAAUUUGCGUACCUUAGUCCGAAGUGGGGGGUUAGUGUGGACCAGGCCUCAGAGUUGCUUUCUGCAGUUAGGAGGCAAACAGUCACAUUUGGAGGAGCAACUUCUUAGUUUAUUAUGGACCCAAAUUAAAUUUAGCAUUUGGAAAACCCGUAGCAGAUCUUUAAUGCUCCUCGCUUGAUGAGCGACAGCAAUGUGAAUUCUUUACAUCUGCUAAUUCUGAUGUCAGUCUGCACCUUUAGAAAAUAGUCCUUCUUUCCCACUUAGGACCUGAUCCUGCAAAUUGCUCUCUGCAGGCAGACCCUUAUAUUUGGGCAGAGCACUGCACUUCUGAAAUAAGUAGGGCACUGCAUGGGUCUCAGGGUUAGCCACAUGGAGAAGCUUGCAGGAACAUGGCCUAAAAUUAUUCAUCUAUUUUGCAAUGAAUGUGAACAUCACAAUUAGGUGCUAUUUUAUUUUCCAGUUUCAGUUAUAAACCCACAACAGUUAAUCUUAAUCAGGAAAAGCACCAUGAUUCUCAAAGAAAAUAUAAAAUAUGCUUUAAUCUUAAUUCAGAUUUUAAAUUUAAAUUAAUACAAUUUUCAUUUAACUGUUUGUAUUCGCUUCUUAUUUUUCAGAGUUCUUUGAAAAAUCCUUAGUGGUCUUGACAAUGUUACAAGUGACAUAAAUUAGCCAAUGGCACAGCAUGAUGGAUUCCCAGAAGACUGGAAAUGGUUUGCAAGUGAUUGGACAAGGGACUGGUAUAGGGAUAUCUGCACUCCACAUGGUGGGGUAUUCGGGAAAAAACUGUAAUUCUGCUGAAGUAACGUCAGAUGAGUGCUGCCCAGCCUGUAAAGAGAAGGGCCAGAUACAAGCUUUACGAACUUACCGCAUUAGUUUUCAAGAGUCUAUUUUCCUUUGUGAAAAUCCACAGUGCAUCUACCCUCUGGGCUAUAAACCAUUAAACAGCAUAAUAAUUCCUGCUGAAUCAGAAAAUCAUCAAACUCGGUGUACUCAGAGAAAAAGGAAGAUUUUUGAAAUCAGUCCUUCAGCUUCCCCCAUUGAAUCAUGUUCAAAACAAGCUAGGACUAACAACAAUUUGAUAGAUGCUGAGCACACUUUAAAUACUGAUCUUGUUCUCAAGUGUAAUGGAUAUAAUUUAUGUGUGGCCCAGCCAUGCCUACCUGAUUUAUCACAGGAUGAUCAGCAGAAACAUAAUAGGGCGACUGAGUCUCUGGAGCAUAAUGUGGAUUUGGCAACUGCUAUUACUGUUGGUGGUGCACAAGAAAGUCCUGACUCUAAUUCCAAAACAGAACUUUUGCCAAAUUCUGAACUUUGUUCAAUAAAAUCUGAAAUCUUGCAUGCAGAAAAUAAACCUUCAUUGCUCAUGGGGCAUUUGUGUCUUCAGUGGAGGAACAUAUAUGCUCUAUGUUGGUUAGACUGUAUUCUGUCAGCACUGGUACACUUAAAAACUUUAAGGAUUGCUGUGACUGAAGCUUGCACUGAAGAAUCUGUAAUCCAGAGGCUGUUUACAAAAUAUAACCAAGCGACUGCACUCUUGAAUGCCUGCCAAACAAAUAAGCUAAAAGAUGUUCUUCCAAAAGCUGAGUCGCAUCUGAAUGAAAUCAGAAAUACGAUAUUUGCUCAACUUCAACCCCUGCUUAAGUGUGAAUUGGGUAAGAAGGAAAGUCCAGUAUUUGCGUUCCCUCUGCUUUUACGAAAGGAUCCCCAAGUCGAGACACUUUUCCUGCAUUCUUUUUCAUGGAUGUUUGAAUGUUUACAUUGUGGCUACAGCCACCAAGACAGGUGUAGAAAGACACUAACAACAUUUACAAAUAUAAUCCCUGACUGGCACCCGCUUAAUGCUAUUCAUAUUGCUCCAUGUAAUAAUUGUAAUGAUAAAUCUCAAAGAAGAAAAAUGAUUUUGGAAAAAGUACCCUCAAUAUUGAUGAUACAUUUCGUAGAAGGUUUACCACAUAACAAGCUGAAGAACUAUUCGUUUCAAUUUGAAGGAGAUUUCUACCAAAUAACAGCUGUUAUUCAGUAUCAACAAGAUCCAAAACACUUCAAAACCUGGGUUUUGAAUCCUGAUGAAACUUGGCUUGAAUGCGAUGACAUCAAAGGUCCAUAUUGUGAAAGACGUGAGAGAUUUGAAGUUCCUGUUUCAGAGAUUCACAUUGUCAUCUGGGAAAGGAAAGCAUCCCAAGUGCCAAAUAAAAUUUGCUCAAAGGUCCAAAGUGUAAAAUCUGAAAAUCUUCCUCUUAAUGAUGUACAGUCAAGUUCUUCUCUAGUGUUACAUUGUGAUAGUGAUAAUGCCGUAGACAAAAUAACUACAGUAUGUUAUGAAAAGGAGAUUGUGGGCAUUCCUGCUAAUGAACAACAAAAAGUGGCCAGAGAGAAUGAAAAUAGCUUGCUUUCUGGCUUAGAAAAUUUGGCAGAUGAUGAUAUUAUAACUCUGACACUUGUAGAAAUUCAAGUUGAUUCUGAAGGUAAACCACUGGACAACGGACAGAUAGUGGGAAAUAACUUAAUUGCUGAAACAGGCUUGCUGAAAGAGCAGGGGUCAGCUUGUUCAGAUCAAACUCCAUGUACAGAAGAUGUUUGCAGUCCGACUACCUCCAGCAACAUGUGCACACCAUCUGAAAAUGCCUGUACUUCCUUACAUCUAGGACCGUUGAACCUAGCGCAUACUACAUCUGCCGUUCCCACAAACCAUUGUAAUGACUCGUCCACGCCAUCACACGCUCAAGAGGCAGAGGCCAAAGCUAGCCCAGUCAACACUGAGAAUAUCCUGUUAAAUCCAGAACGCUUGCAGAAUAAGAAAUUACCAUUAAUGGAGAAUGUUAUGCAGAAAUCCUCGAACACCAGAAACACAAGCAAAACUAGAGCAGACUCUCAAGCUGCAACUUUGUCUGCUACAAAUAAUUCCUCCCAGUCUUUGCAUAAAGAUCAAAGGAGAGGAUUUAUAGGAAGUUGGGUAAAGGGGUUAUUAAGCAAGCAUAAUACCUUCAUGCCUUCAAGUGCCUCAACCCAUCAUAAGAAAAGUUACAAAAAUCCUUUACUAAGAGCUACUGACUUGCAUCUCCCUACUAAGGGGGCAGCGAAUUUUGGUGGCUUUCAAGCCAAAGGUACAAGCAAAACUACAACUACUGAGGGGGCGCCUAAAUCAGCUGUUUGUGAAGGUGGAAAUCUUCCUCCUUUGUUAACAAACAUCACUGGUCCUUCUGUACAUGCUAGUCUACCUGCAGUAAACCCUGUAGUUGAUGGUCCAACUUUGAAUAAGUCUGGAAGCUCAUUGGGCACCUGGAGUACAGUAAUUCAGCCCAACACCCCCAUCUUUAAUUCCAAACCUAGCCAUGGGGAAAAUGGAAAUCACAAAUCUGAUGUGAAAGAUAAAGAAUCAAAUCCCCAAACUCACAAACUUCGUUUAAAACUGCUUAAAAAACUGAAGGCUAAAAAGAACAAGUUGGCUUCACUUGAUAGGCUGGCAAAAACUCAGAUGUGUAAUGGAAGCUCUCCAAAUAGAGAUGUAGAAGAUAUCUUACAAUUUGGAUCUCAUGAUGAAAGUGAAUCAGUACAGAACUUAUUGAAGGAACUGCAGUAUCAGAUUGAUGUUGCAGAUAGUGAAUCUGUGUAUAGUACAAACUCCAAUAUGUCACUAUGCAGUAGCCAGAGUAAUGCAGAGUUUUUAGCAGACUUAUUGUCUCCUACUUCGAUUGUUGCUUCUUUGGAGCUUCCAAAAGAUGAAGAUGAGUGUAGAUAUUUGGAAAUGGUGGAUAGCAAUGCUGCAGCACCAGUGCAUAGUGAGAGAACCAACCUCACAUGCGUCACUGUGGCAAGCGAAGACCAUAAUUAUUACAGUCCUGUAAAAGAAAGCAAGUAUGAAGGUCAUACAGACUCACUAAUGAACAAAUCCUGCUUGAAAAGACUUUCCUUUGAAAGUCCCACAAAGGAAGAUAUUCUUGAAGACCUGUUCUCCUCUGCAGUGUUGAACUCAAUAGCAGGUGACAUAGAUUUACCUCAUUUUGAUGAAACUCUCUUUGAAACUUGUUGAAUUGUUGUAAUAUUUGUUUUUAACAUUUGAGAAUUUUGUAUAUCAGCUUUCAUACAAAGUACUAUUAAAUUAUAUUUUCAAACUA